AUGAGGUUGUUCAGCAUCGUUACGAUAGCAGCAGCAGUAACGGCAGGCCUACGCAUAGGACCUGCGCGGCAUCGACAACGACACGAGCAACUACAACAGAAACAACAACCGCAACUGGAGGGCAGACAGCUCCUUGAUGCCACGUCCUUCAUAGCCGAACUCCCAACCGGCCAACCUCAGGCGGACUCGACUUCAACAACAGCGCCGGUUGCGACUACGCCUCCGCCACCACCACCUCCUCCUCCUCCGCCUCCUCCUUCUCCUCCUCCACCUCCUCCGCCGCCAACAUCAACCUCGACAUCGACGACGACAACAUCAACAAGAGUACCGCCGCCGCCGCCGCCACCACCACCACCACCACCAACACCGACUUCUACACGUCCUCCGCCUCCACCUCCGCCACGAACGACAGCAGCGAGGGCUUCAACUUCAGCUGCCCCUCCACCACCUCCUCCUCCUCCUCCUCCUCGAACAACGCUUAGGACAACUUCAGUUGCAGCACGUCCAUCCCCGCCUCCUCCUCCUCCGCCAUCAACAACGCAGCGUUUGCAGUCCACAACCGCUUCACCACCAGUCUUCUCAGCUCCGCCGCCACCGCCGUCAUCGUCGACAACGUCAACCCCUGCCGCCGCCAUGUCGUCAAGCACGGUGCCCAUCGCCCUGCCUGCCAGCACCACCGGCGGCGGCGCCGUCGCCCCCGGCCAGACGCUGCCCCCCGCGCAGGGAGCGGCACCGCCCCAGCAGCGGCUCGUCGACCCGGCCGCGGGCGUCUUCAUCGGCGGCGACCCGAGCACCAACAUCGACGUGCCCGUGACGUUCCUCUUCCUGCUGCUCUUCGCCGCCGGCGCGUACACGCACAUCCGCAUCUACCGCGCCAACGCCAAGCGGGGCCACAAGUUCCUGCUGUCGGACCUCAUGUUCGACUUCUGCAUGGUCAGGACCGUCACGUGCAUCAUGCGCAUCGUCUGGGCCUUUGAGAAGACUCGCGUCGUCAUCCUCGUGGCGCUCAUUGUCCAGUUUGGAGGUUCCGUCGUCGUCAUGGUGGUCAAUAUUAUAUUCGGCCAGCGCAUCAUCAGGUCCAUCCACCCGCACUUCGGAUGGCAUCCGGCCCUGCGUGUCUUCACCCUCUUCUUCCUCUUCUCCGUGCCGGCCGUCGUCGUCCUCAACAGCACCUCCAUCGGCGUCUCCUUCUUCAAGAUCGAGGACCAGGACCGCGUCGACACCGCCCUGAACCUGCUCAAGGCCGGCGUCUCCUGGAUCAUGCUGCUCGCCGUGCUCCCCGUCAUCGGCGUCAUCGUGGCCUCCACCAUCCCGGGGCCCCGGCCCGAGCGGUUCGGCCAGGGCGACACCCACCAGAAGAUCGCCGUGCUCCUCAUCGGCGCCACGUUGCUCAUCUCCGGCCACGCCGUCCGGCUCGCGGCGACGCUGAACCCGGAGCCGCCGACGUCGACGAACAAGAUCUUCAGCAAAGAGGUCUUCUACACCACGGGCUUCAUGUUCGAGAUCUUCGUCGUCGUCUUCUACGCCGUCAUCCGCGUCGACCUGCUCUUCCACGUGCCCAACGGCUCCAAGGGGCCCGGCGACUACUCGCGCAAGCCGAAGCCCGGGGAAGAGGACUACGAGGCCGCGCUCCUCACCAGAGAGGAGAUCGAGGACGAGCUCAUCGGGCUCGGGCACCCGUACGAGGUCGUCGACUCGUCCGGCCUCGGCCGGGAUGGCUCCGGGCGCACGAUUGUCGCCUUUAGCACGAGGCGCGUGAACGGCGAGAAGCCGGUCGUGCUGCCGCCGCGACCCGAGGCGUACAGCCGCGUCCGGUCGAUCCGGGGCUCCGUGAGGUCCAUGAGGGGCUCGCUGCGGUCCGCCCGGGGCGGUCUCUCACGGAUGGUGUCGACGAGGAUGUCGUCGACGCCGUACCUGAACGAGGUCGAGGUCGGCCGCCCAGAGAUACGGGAGAACCCGUUCGGGACGCCGCCGGUGAGCCACUACGGCGUGGCGCAGCCGCUGUUCAUCCAGUCGAGGUUCAGCAGAUACACGGACCCCGAGGACGAGAGGUCGCACCUGCGGCCGGAGAGCCAGGCGACGUCCGGCGAGAUCCCGCUCAGUCUGGACCGGGAAGGUCUCGGGCCGUACGAGGGACGACCGUUGGCGCGAUCGUCGGUGCAAAAGUUCACCAUCCUCGAGAGGGAGGGUGGUUCUCUGAGAUAG